GCCUGCGUGGUUGCCCGGGUAGUGCUCCGGCUGCGGGUGGAUGGUGGAACCUCGCGCGCGCGCUCGGCUACCGAGCCGCAGCAGCCGUAGCUGGGAGCUUCCGACCCGGCGCUCCGGCCUGGCCUUGAGCAGGCGGGGUUUCGAGGAGCCCUCAGCGCCCCUUCCUUCUCACACCCCGCCCUCGCGUUAGGCGUCCCCCCAAGACGGCGCGCCCGUGCGGGGAGGGUGGAGGUGGACGUAGCUUACCGCCACGCUGCCACGGAAGAGCCGCCGCCGGAGAGCGCGCAGGUUACUCCGGCCCGGGGCGCGUGGGGCGGGAGGGCGAGGACGCGCGUGCGGGAGCGGGGCUGCGAGCGAGCGCCCGCCGGGCUCCCGCCGCUCCUCCCGCGCCCGCCGCCUCGGCUCCUCGGACCGCCUGUCCUCUUGUGGUCGUUUGCUGCUCUCGCGCGCGCCGACAGCACAUCACUACUAUAUUUCUUCCCUGUUGCUCUUUUUCCACACGGCUGAGCUCUGCUUCCUUUGCUCGCUGUACUACUUUUUAAGCAGAUCGCUGCCCUGCGUGCAGAAACCACUGAACAGUCCCUUCUGUUAGCCCUUCCUAGUUUCCUAAGUAGAGGCCGCCACCUGCGCUUCGGGUGCUCUUCGCAUCCCAGCCGAGUGGAGGAAAGUGACUCCGCUGUACUGCUAGACUUAUCUGAAGCUCAUUUACAUAUGUUACUGUUAUACUCGAUCCAUCCCCACGCAUCUCCCUUUAGACUGAUAGACUGUUUUCCUUUGACAGCCCUGGCUGCUUGCUCACUUCUACUCUCCUGUCACUUGUAGAAAAGCCAAGCGUAGCUGUGCUCACAGCCAGAUUGACCUUUCUUUAGCCAGUACUGGUCACCCACCUUUGUCACAUUAGCUGACAAGACUAGGCAGAGCUCUGCCUCUACACAUUUCCAGGGAGUUUCAUUGCAGUGAAAUAUGCCUGUGCACAUAUCUUCCCCAGGUUCACGAAUAGUAAAUACCUGUGACGCUACAAAUAUUUCAAGGAAUUCAGCUGUGAAUCCAUCAGGACCUGGACUUUUCUUUGCUGAAGUAUAUAUUAGAAAGCAUUCACAGUCAAGUGGGAGUUCAGAUGCAGAGCAGAGCUAGAGAAUCUUCACAGAGAGUCUCUUCAGGGGAGAGAAAGAAGAUCCACUGGCAAGUUCUAGAAGGAUUCUCCCAUUUUCUUCUUUACCCUUGAAGAGACUUGAAAAUUAAUGGAUAACAUUUCACAUGAAAUUUUUUGAGUGUAUUUUCUUCUUAUCUGUGAGGCCUUCUGCAGAGAAUUAAUAAGAGGUUGAAUGCAUGCAUAGAUAAAAUGGAUCAUCUUAAAGGAUUGCAGUUCCAAAAAUAUAUCAGCAGGACUGGACAGGUUUGACAUAAUGAGAUUUCUAUUUUAGCUUGACUUCUGGAACUGAAUGCACUAUAAACGGAGCUGCGCAAGGUCUGAAGAAGGAAGUUUCUCUUCUAAAACAUUCUGGUUGCGUAAAACAUUUUUCUCCUUCAGAUCAUUUUUGAAAAAAUAUAUGUAGUCAUCAGUUUCCUGAGGAAUGAGCCUACUAGACAUUUUAUAUGAAAUGAGAUAAGAAGCAAUAAUCUAUAUCAUACCGAAAAGCAGGCUUAGAGGAACAGACCUGGGCAGCAGGCAGAUAAACUGCGGAGUCAGCGCGGGCUGAGAUGGCAGAGGCUGCUGGGGUUGCCUCAACUCUGCCUGGAACAGUGAAGAAAAAGAAGAGUCUGUCCAUUGAGGAGAAGAUCGACAUCAUAAAUGCAGUUGAAAGCGGCAAGAAGAAAGCAGAAAUUGCAGCUGAAUAUGGAAUAAAGAAAAAUUCAUUGUCUUCUAUUAUGAAAAAUAAAGACAAAGUUCUAGAAGCCUUUGAAUCUCUGAGAUUUGAUCCAAAAAGAAAAAGACUGAGAACCGCUUUUUAUACAGAUCUGGAAGAGGCUUUAAUGCGGUGGUAUCGAAUUGCUCAGUGUCUAAAUGUACCAGUUAAUGGUCCAAUGUUGCGUCUAAAAGCUAAUGAUUUUGCCCAGAAACUGGGACAUAAUGAUUUUAAGUGCAGUAAUGGUUGGCUGGAUCGUUUUAAAUCUAGAUACGGCUUAGUAUUCAGAGCUCAACCUGCAGAAGCCUCAGGUAUACCAGUAGAUCCUUCAACUGUGUGGUCUCAAAAUGUGCUUCCUUAUUAUUUAAAUGAUUAUCCUCCUAAAAAUGUUUUUAAUAUAAAAGAGACGGCACUGCUUUAUAGAAUGUUACCUACAAAUACAUUUGCAUUUAAAGGAGAAACAUGUUCAAUUGGAAAGUUAUGCAAAAACAGGAUAACUUUGGUUGUUGGUGCAAACAUGGACGGCUCAGAGAAACUUCCCUUGCUUAUCAUUGGAAAAAACAGAAACCCACAUUGUUUCAAAGGUAUAAAAUCAUUGCCUGUGUAUUAUGAAGCUAACAAGAUGGCAUGGAUGACCUCGGAUAUAUUUGAACAAUGGAUGCAGAAGCUUGAUGAAAAAUUUCAAGCCCAGCAACGAAGAGUAGUGAUUUUUGUUGAUUCUUUUCCUGCACAUCCAGAGGUCAAGAACCUAAAAUCCAUUGAAUUAGCAUUCUUUCCAUCAUUUUUAUCCCCCAAAUUUAUAGCUAUGAAACAAGGUGUUAUUAAAAGCCUUAAAAUCAAGUAUCGACACUGUCUCAUCAAGAAAUUUUUAAACUCUGUGGAAAGUAGCACAGAAUUUGCCUUUUCACUGCUAGAUGCAGUUGACACGUUGCAUCUCUGUUGGAGGACCGUAACCACAGAGACUAUUGUUAGAAGCUAUGAAGAAGCAGGAUUCAAAUCUCAAAAGGAAGAACAUGACCCAACAGAUGGACAGAGUGAUCUGGUUGCGCAGCCUGAUGUGGCUGCCCACACUCUGGGGACAGGAGAGGAGUUUCUGGAAGGUUUGUGCAUAGAGGAAUACGCCGCCCUGGACGAAGACCUGGAAACCUGUGAGGCAGCAGCAGAUGAUAGCUCAGAAGGUGCAGAGGAAAGCAAACCAGAUGAGGCUGGAUUUUACACUUCCGAUGAGGAGGAGGAGGAGGGAGCUGUAGAAACCGCACUGCCUUUACCAUCAAAAGAUGAAGCAGUGGUUGCUUUAGACACUCUUAAAAAAUUUCUUAGAAGUCAGGAUAUGAAUGAUGAACUUCAAAAUUCCUUGGCAGACCUUGAAAAUUUUAUGAACUCUUUAUCACCUAAAUAAUUAUUUAUUAUACAACAUCUGAAGAGUAGUUGCCUUUCCUGAUGUAUUUUAUUAUAUAAGGUAUGUAAAGGAGAAAUACCACCUAAAGAUUAAAAAAAUGAAAAGUUA